AUGCUGAAAACAUUUGUGGCUUCAACUAUACAUACCCAAGUUAUUCUUCAGAGUAUAGAAGCAUCCCUCAAGAAUUUAGAGAGUAUUAUGGGACAAAUUUCUACAUCAUUGCAUAAUCUUGAGGUUGAGAAUAUUGGAGAAUUACCCACAGAUCUGGAGAGUAAGUUAAUAGAGAAUGAUAGUACCCUAUCUCUCCAAAGUGGUAAACAACUUGACAUGCCUCCUCACACAGACACAACAUUUGACCAGAUUUCAACUAAAGAAGUCCAAAAUUCAACCUCAGAAGCAUCUUCUCCACUGGAGAUUGAAACUUUCACAUUGACAAAAUUUAAGAAUGAGGAGGAAAAUAAGGUGAUCAUCAAAAUUAAUAUUUCGCUCCUUACAACCAUUAAGCAAGUACCACCAUAUGCUAAGCUUCCUAAGGAGUUGUCCAUAAAUAAAAGGAAACUGAAGGGUGGUAAAAAGAUAAGUAUGGGGGAGAAUGUUUCUACUAUUCUCCAAAGGAAAUUGCUACCCAAGCAUCAAGACCUUGGGAUGUUUAUAAAUGCAUACACUAUUGUUAAAACCAGGUUUGAUCAUUGUAUGAUAGAUGUAGGAGCAUCUAUUAAUGUUAUGUCUUAUUUUAUUUUUGCAACUUUAAAUAUAGGUUUAUUAAAAGAAACUGGUGUUAUCAUUCAAUUGACUGAUUACACUAACGUGUAUCCCCUAAGGGUAGUUGAAGAUGUUUUAGUGCAGGUUCAAUUUCGAAGGCCAUUCCUACUGAAUACAAGUACAAAGUUGGAUGUCAAAGCAUGGGUACUUACAAUGAAAUUUGAUGGUGAAGUUAUACAGUUUGAUAUGUUGAAUUCUAUUGAUAAGUACAAGAGGAAGAAGGUUCUAUUAAAUGGCCCACCAUGA